AAAAAUAUAUUCUAAAAAAGAAAACCAUAAUACUCCUAACAAUAACAGUAAAGGAAAGAAAGAAGAAAGAAGAACAAGAGACAACAACAUCGAAAAGAAAGAAAAAAAGGGUCCAUUAUUCAUUGUUUGAUUGGGAAGGAAGAAAGCAUCUUAGGAAUACAAAACAGAACAAUUCUCAAAUUAAUGGGACCUAUGUAACCUCCUCUAAUCUUGUUAAUUGUAUUAUAGUUCAAAACAAAUGGGUACUGAUAGAGCUUUCAUCAACCACUUUUAUCUUCCCACUCGCUUCUUUCACUUGGGAUCAAAGUCUUCCUCACCAACAUCAAUAUCUUCAUCUUCUUCAUUGUUGUUGUCUUCACGAUCAUGAUUUUUUGCCUAAUUCUUGCUACUGGAUCUGAAUUACACUCUUACAGAUCCACUUUUAAUUUUUACGACUUUUCAGCUUUUUCUCAUGGACCCAGCUGCUUCUCGUCCUGCUGUAGUCAUCGACAAUGGCUCCGGGUAUACCAAGAUGGGGUUUGCUGGUAAUGUUGAACCUUGUUUUAUUGUUCCAACAGUAGUUGCAAUUAAUGAGUCGUUUCUGAAUCAAUCGAGGAGUUCUUCUAAGGGAAAUUGGAUUGCGCAGCAUAAUGCUGGUGUUAUGGCUGAUCUUGAUUUCUUUAUUGGAGAUGAUGCACUUUCUAAGGCUCGGUCUAGCAGUACUUAUAAUCUCAGCUACCCAAUUAAACAUGGUCAGGUUGAGAAUUGGGAUGCCAUGGAACGAUACUGGCAGCAGUGUAUAUUCAAUUAUUUGAGGUGUGAUCCUGAGGAUCAUUAUUUUCUCUUGACAGAGAGUCCAUUGACAGCGCCAGAGAGUCGCGAGUAUACUGGAGAAAUUAUGUUUGAGACUUUUAAUGUGCCUGGACUUUACAUUGCUGUGAACUCCGUGCUUGCUCUGGCUGCUGGCUAUACAACGUCUAAGUGUGAGAUGACAGGAGUUGUAGUUGAUAUCGGAGAUGGGGCUACACAUGUUGUACCAGUUGCGGAUGGUUAUGUUAUUGGAAGUAGCAUCAAGUCAGUUCCUAUUGCUGGAAAGGAUGUUACUCUUUUUGUCCAGCAGCUAAUGCGGGAAAGAGGAGAGAAUAUACCUCCAGAAGACUCUUUUGAAGUGGCUCGGAAAGUGAAAGAAAUGCAUUGCUACACCUGCUCUGACAUAGUGAAGGAAUUUAAUAAGCAUGACAAAGAACCAGCCAAGUAUAUCAAGCAAUGGAGAGGCGUAAAACCAAAGACUGGGGCUCCGUAUUCCUGUGAUAUUGGCUAUGAACGCUUUCUUGGACCUGAGGUUUUCUUUAAUCCUGAGAUGUAUAGCAGCGACUUUACCACUCCUUUGCCAGUCGUAAUAGACAAGUGCAUUCAGUCUGCACCAAUUGACACAAGGAGAUCACUGUAUAAGAAUAUAGUGUUAUCAGGGGGAUCAACGAUGUUCAAGGAUUUUCAUAGGAGAUUACAACGUGAUAUAAAGAAAAUUGUGGAUGCUCGUGUCCUUGCAGCUGAAGCACGCCUAAAUGGGGAGAUAAAAUCACAUCCCGUGGAGGUCAAUGUACUCAGCCAUCCUAUCCAAAGGUUUGCAGUUUGGUUUGGAGGAUCUGUGCUAGCAUCAACGCCAGAAUUUUUUACGGCUUGUCAUACAAAGGCAGAAUAUGAAGAAUAUGGAGCAAGCAUUUGCCGCACAAAUCCUGUUUUCAAGGGGAUGUAUUAGAGAAAGGAUGAAUUAGCUGAUCACAGAUGCUGUAUGUUCUCUUGUUAUAUAAAAGAAUUAAUGUCUGGUUGUUUUGAUUCUCAAUUCUCCUCACCGUCUAUCUUCCGAUCUAUAUUUUGGAUGGGAGAAGUGAGUGUAAAAUAUGUAUAUUCAGUGAAAAAAAAUGCAUUUCCAGUUUUAAUUCCUAGGAAGCCAAUUUCAUGUCAUCAUAUGGUUAAUACGGUUGCCUGCAGGUCCAGAUGAUGUACUUAUUGGUAGGUAGAAUUUUAUUUUUGACAAAAUGUUGGCUGAGCUGAAUGGCAAUUUUUAGUGUUCAGCUUAGAGUUUGGUAAUGUUGCAUUUUUUCAUUUGUUGUUGGGACUCAUAACAUUAAGUAACUUCUCUAGGCCGGAAAUUAAAUUCGUUGGAAUUGAAUUGUAAUACUAAUAAGCACUAGUGCAGAUUUUCUGUU